AUGCCACGCCAUUUGUCCAUAACGAACCGCUCUCUCGACCUGAUGCUGAACUGCCGUGCCUGUCUUUGGCGAUGCAUACAGGCGCUCGAUGUCCCGGCCACCAAUGCGCACCGCCUCCGUCGUAGCGGAAAUUUACUCCUCCACCCGAACCAGCAACGGCUGCUAUCCUCCCACGGUGCCACCAACGCGGAGAGUGAGGGGUUGACCGUUUCGCGCGAAACAGGGGGAUUCAACCGGGAUGGAGAGGACCACUUCAAGAAGUCGGCCUUCGCGGCGAACCGGAAGAGGAGGGAAACUACAGCGCUGCGACAGUCGUCGGCACGCCAGCCAGACGACGAGACACCCAAUCUAGCGAGGCUCGGCCGGCGAGACCCGUCCAUGUCUGAUAGCGACUGGAACAGGAGGAAAAGAGAGCUGCGUCACUUGCAGGAUCCGCUGGAGCUGGCGACGUUUGUGAGGAACGAAUUGAAGAAAGACAGAGUGGAAGAGAUGCUGCAGUUGGUGCGCAUGGCGAGCCACUCCAUGCAGUGCAUUGUCAGCUGGAACCACAUCAUUGACCACUACCUGGCCAAAGAGAGGGUCAAUGAUGCGAUCAAGGUCUACAACGAUAUGAAGAAGCGCGCGCAAUUCCCAGACUCCUACACGUACACGAUUCUUCUCAGAGGCCUCUCGUGGAAUGCGCAUACAUCCGGCGUUCUUAGCAAAGCCCUCUCCAUCUACCACUCGCUCUCCGCACCGAAUUCCCGAGUCGAGCCAUCGAUCAUGCACACGAAUGCUGCGCUGAGAGUGUGUGCAAGAGCAGGAGAUAUGGAUGCCUUGUGGGGUGUGGCUGGGAAGAUACCAGAGAACGGGCCAGCAGCAGCCAAUGCCAUCACAUACAUCACCAUACUCAACGCUAUACGGCAAAAUCUGCUGAUAGAUGCGCCCAAAGGAGAGAGCGAGGAGGAGACGGCGGCAAGGAAAGAGCGCGGCAUCAUGGAGGGGCGGCGCAUGUGGGAAGAUAUCGUUGGGAGAUGGCGACGUGCAGAUCUGGCUAUUGAUGAAGAGCUCGUCUGUGCGAUGGGAAGAUUGCUAUUGAUCGGCAGUCGACCGCGAGACUGGGACGACGUGCUCUCCUUAGUGGAGCAGACAAUGGACAUACCUCGACUUGUUCCUCGAUUAGGCUCAGUCGAGCGACAAAGUGCUGGCCUUCCACGCGUGCGAGCACCAAACGUACCGAAACAAUACCGUAUCGAUGACGACCAUCUCUCUCCAGAUAACGCCCCAACGCGUGGUGACGAGUUCCUUGCUCUGACGCCUCAAGGCGUCGGCAGUGCAGUAUCAAAUCCUCUCAUCUACGUUCGACCGGGCAACAACACGCUUUCCUUGGUCCAAGAAGCAUGCCAAAAGAUUGUGGCGAACAAGGCCGCGCAGGAAUACUGGGACCUCUUGACCGACCCAACAACGUACAAGAUCACUGCUGAUGUGAACAACCUCAACAUGCGUCUGCGCAAUCUCCGUCAGAAUCGUGCCUCUAGUGCUGCAGUGCUGCUCUUGCAACAAGACAUGAUGGACAAGGGUAUCACGCCCCCGCCUGGUACAUUCAGAAUCGCAAUGAGUACAUGCGUUCGCGACAAGAACAACCACAACUCGCUCAAAAAUGGAGGUCAGAUCUUGCAGAUGAUGUCCAAGAUCUUGGAAGACGCAGAUCCCAAGACCGUCACCAUGUAUGCUGGACUUGCAGUCUCAUUUCCAUUGGCUACAGGCGCGGAUUUUAUCGAUGCACUCACUCUACUUGACCCCCUCGUGAAGAACAUCCGUCUUCAACUGACCAUUGGUGCUGGACAGACGAACUAUGGGCGUCGCGGCCCGCAAUACUUGAAGGGCGAAGCGAGACAAGACGCCAUUGAUGCGCUGAAGAAAAUACAGGGCGUAUACGAUAAGCUACUGUUUUCGAAACUUAUUGCUGAGGAGUCAAAGAGUCCGUUUGAAAAAGAGAGAGCCAGGCUCUCCGCGUUCAUCCAGAGGGUUAUGUUCAAGGGUGGGCAGGCGAAUGCAGUGCGUGGAGAGCCACCUGAAGAGGCCGAUCCACACGGAUAUCUGCAAAAUGAAGACGGGCAAAGCGAGCAAGGCGAUGAACGACCGUCGUGGAAGAAGGAAUGGACAAGGCCACUAGAGAGACCUUCGCGGCCAGCCAUGCCAGCAAAGCCAUUCGAGCGAAAGAGGAGACCCCGGUCAUUUAAGGUUGAUGAAACGGGAGAGCUACGGGAUAUGUAG